UCUUCAAAUUUUGUUGAAGAAGAAAUAAUUAGAUUUUAUCUUGUUUUUGGUUCUUUUUCAUGGACCCAUUUGGAUUCUUCAUCUGUUUGUUCUAGUUGUUGAUGUUUAAUGGACCCUUCUUUUUCCUCCAUUAUUUCACCUAUAGCACCACCCAUUUCUCCAGUUUUUUCAUCAGCACCACAUUUUCUCCAGAGGUUCAAGUUGGGAGUCAGAAGCAUCAUAUGGAUCAAAACAGGAAGCUGCUCAUAGCACUAAUUGCAGCUUCUUCUGCAUUGGGAGCAAUCAUAUUUUUCAUGAUUUGCUUCUGGAUUUAUCACAAGAAGAGGUUACAGAAAUCUGAUUUGGACAGUAGUCAUAGCUCAGAUGGUGUGAAGGGGAUUGCAUUAGGACCAGUAAUGUGUAAAUUCAAUUCUUUGAAGUCCACUUAUAGUAGUAAGAAAGCUGCAUCUGUUUGUUUAAUGGAGUACAAGACAUUAGAAUCAGCCACCAACAAUUUUCAAGAAAGUGAGAUUUUAGGUGAAGGGGGAUUUGGAUGUGUAUACAAAGCUAAAUUGGAAGAUAAUUUGUAUGUAGCUGUCAAGAAACUAGAAGGUGGAACUCAAGAUGCCAUUAAAGAAUUCGAGACUGAGGUAGAGUUGUUGAGUCAAAUUCAACAUCCGAAUAUAAUUUCAUUGUUGGGAUAUUGCAUUCACGGUGAUACAAGACUCCUCGUGUAUGAACUAAUGCAAAAUGGAUCUCUAGAAAGUCAAUUACAUGGACCUUCCCGUGGAUCAGCAUUAACAUGGCACCAAAGAAUGAAAAUUGCCCUUGAUGCAGCAAGAGCAUUAGAAUAUUUGCACGAGCACUGCAAUCCACCAGUGAUUCAUAGAGAUCUGAAAUCAUCUAAUAUUCUUCUAGAUUCCAACUUCAAUGCAAAGCUCUCAGAUUUUGGUCUAGCUGUGCUCGGUGGGGCUCAAAACAAAAACAACAUCAAGCUCUCUGGAACUUUAGGUUAUGUAGCCCCGGAAUACCUUUUAGAUGGAAAGUUAACUGAUAAGAGUGAUGUAUAUGCAUUUGGAGUUGUUCUUCUGGAGCUUCUAUUGGGAAGAAGGCCUGUAGAGAAACUGGCACCAGCUCAAUGCCAGUCUAUAGUCACAUGGGCCAUGCCUCAGCUCACAGAUAGAUCAAAGCUUCCAAAUAUUGUGGAUCCUGUGAUCAAAGAUACAAUGGAUUUAAAGCAUUUAUAUCAGGUUGCUGCAGUUGCUGUGUUGUGUGUUCAGCCUGAGCCAAGCUAUCGCCCCCUAAUAACGGACGUAUUACAUUCGUUAAUCCCCCUUGUUCCGGUAGAAUUAGGUGGGACCUUCCGAGUUACUACACAACACGUGCAGGCGCCUUUUGCUGCCGUGUGAUGCCUUCAGAGUGCUGAUUCUGUCAAAGAGUUUACGGUCUGCAAUUCGAAGUUGCUGCCUUACCAAUUUUGCAUCACUUCUCUGCACAAUUUUGGUUAUUAUACUAAUGCAAGUCAAGGAGGGAUGUUGGUCUAGCCCGAGCACAAGAUAAUUCAAGUAUUCAACCUCAAUUUUCUAUGUAAAUUGAAGCAAGUGAAUUUGAUUUAUGAAAUUGGUGUAUAUAGAAAAGUCACCUGAACUGUUAAUGUAUUCACAAAAAUUGGAUUUUUUCAAUUUUCGGCUUAUUAACAUU